GGUUGCGUGUCGCCCUACCCGUGUCUCUCGGACCCUGUCUCCUGAAUCGCUCUCUCCCCAUCGCUUAUCUCGCGAUUCCUCUCUCGCGGACGCGGGCCCCCGGAGAUGCCGCGGUAUGCGGGGCGUUGUCUCCUAGCCGUACGAGCGGGCGCACCGUGUGCCAGGAGCCCUAGCUUCCCCGGUGUGCACCGUGCUCCAGCUCCUCUCUCUGCGGCGGCCGUCGCGGUACGCUUCCGGACGUCCUCUGUACUCGCCUACCCUUGCCUAGCCAUGCCCAUCGUCGUCCUUCUCCUCGCCGGCGCCGCAUGUGGCCUGCUUGGUCCCUAUAAGCUUUAUAUGGUUGUGUGCUUCUGUGACCUUCUUGGUGGCCAGGUCCCCUUACCUACCGCUGAACUUUUGUCCUCCCGACCCUGUUUUGUCCUCGAGCAGGUGACUUGAAUAAAACUUUCCUUCCUGAAAAAAUUGUCGGCUGAAAAAGCCAAGCUGUCGGAGAGCUUUAACAAAUCACUUUUCCGAUAAAUCAAAUGACCCAGAGAAGAGAACUUUGCGAUGAACUCCACAAUUGGCCGCUUGAUACUUUUGAGCUGGUUUUCAACUCGCAUUUCCACAAAAUUUGUUCUGCCGAGGGUUUAUGGGUUUCUCUGAAUGCUUUUCUGAACUCCCUGCGCGGCAACCUUUGGAACAUGAAAAUCUUUUAAGCUAAUACUAAAGCCACCGAAGAACGGCGUUUUGUCGAGGAAGGAGCCGCUUGAGCCUCUUUGGGAGCCAUACAAAGCAACUUUAUGCAAUUUUCAUGCUUUUCCU